AAGCCUUCUUCUUCUUCGCUUCCCUUUUGCACGCCACUAUCAAUGGAGAUCGGUCCAAGAAUGGUGGCUACUGUUGUUACAGUCAUGAGCUUCGCCAUCUUCCUGGGCGUCGUUUCUGCUGAUCCUGACAUGCUCCAAGAUGUCCGUGUCGCCGAUCUCGCUUCCAAAGUGAAAGUCAAUGGAUUUCCUUGCAAAGCGGAUUUCAACGAAACGGACUUCUUCUUCAACGGCCUGGCCAAACCUGGACUCACCAACAACACCUUAGGCUCUCUAGUGACUGGGGCCAAUGUUGAAAAGAUACCAGGCCUCAACACCCUCGGCGUGUCCAUGUCCCGCAUCGACUAUGCUCCUUUCGGCCUCAACCCACCCCACACCCACCCACGAGCCACCGAGAUGGUGUUUGUGCUAUAUGGGGAGCUACACGUUGGGUUCAUAACCACUGCUAACGUCCUCGUUGCUAAGACCAUUAAGGCAGGCGAGAUCUUUGUGUUCCCUAGGGGUUUGGUCCACUUCCAAAGGAAUGUCCAGCAUGCCCCCGCGGCCGUCAUCGCAGCAUUCAACAGCCAAUUGCCAGGGACUCAAGCCAUCGCGACUGCACUGUUUGCGGCCAAGCCCACGGUGCCUAACGACGUGUUGGCCAAAGCAUUCCAAAUUGAUGCCAAGGAGGUCAAGAUGAUCAAGGCUAAGCUUGCCCCCAAGAGCUAGUCUCCUUGUAAAACUAUAGACACUUCAAUUCAAGUUUGAUUUGACCCUCAAAUAAAAUCAAGUUUGACAAUGCAAUUUCCAUUCUACUCCUCUGAGAAUUAUUAUUUUCGCAAAAACCCCAUGUUUGUAAUCUUUUUGUACCCUUUAUAUUGAAUAAAAGAGGCUUUUGAGCCACCAAAAAAGGGUUGGAAGAUA